AAAACCCUCCUAAACCCCAACAUUUCAUUUUGCCACUCCCAACACUCCAAAAUGUUCCUCCAGAGGCAGCGCGCCUCCGUGCUCACCCAAGCCCUCCAAAUCCAACUCCGCCGAUACACCCAAUCGUCCGCCGCCGUCCUCCUCCAACCGGACCCCGAACUCGAAUCCACCACCUCCUUCCCGAUACCCGACCCGAAGUACGCCGAGACCAUCUUCGCAGUCCCACGCACCACUUCCGGCAAAAGCAUCUCCGCCAAAGAGCGCAAGGCCGGCCGCGUCCCCAGUAUCAUCUUCGAGCAGGAGGACGGCCAGCACGGCGGCAACAAGCGCCUCGUUUCUGUACGGACCAACCAGAUCCGCAAGCUCGUCGGUCAUCUCGGUCGCUCUUUCUUCCUCUCCAGGCUCUUUGACCUUGAGGUUCGCUCCGACUUCGAUUCUGAAAACGACGUCAUUGAGAGGGUCCGUGUUUUGCCUCGCUCGAUUCAUCUGCACUCUGCGACGGACGCACCGCUGAAUGUGACCUUCAUAAGGGCUCCUUCCCAUGCUUUGUUGAAAGUCGAUAUUCCCCUUGUGUUUCGAGGAGACGAUGUCUCUCCUGGAUUGAAGAAAAAUGGUUGUCUAAACACAAUCAAGAGGACCGUAAAGUUCCUUUGUCCGGCUGAUGUGAUUCCUCCAUAUAUUGAUGUGGAUCUGAGUGAGUUGGAUGUUAACCAAAAGAUAGUAAUGGGAGAUCUCAAAGUUCAUCCAGAUCUCAAGCUUCUGCAGUCAAAGAAUGAGCCUGUUUGUAAGAUCGCGGGAGCAAGGGUUUCUGAACAAAAGAAGUCUAAAGACAAAGACUCUAAAUAAUUUCUGUGCUUGGAGACUUUGGUUGCCCCUUAUUAAGAAAACAGGCUUCCGCCAUUAUAUAUCCCUUCUCAGCUGACCGCAUAUCUUUUGAUCUUGUAAUGGCUGUGGAAGACAAGUUGAUGGAAUGCAACUGUGAGUUUUCAUCCUCUUUUUCGUAAUUGUUUGUGGGUAUAUUUAACUUUUGGUGGGGGAAAAUGUGGUUUGCGGGUGAAGCAUGCCAUUAGAGAGAGGAAGAACUGGUUCUGCUUCGUGAUUCUUGUGAAUCUGAGCCCGAAUUCUAUGAUAAUAAGAAUGGUAGUUUCUGAAUGCGUGUCAAUAUAUAGGCACUUGGAUUUUGUAAGUGUUCUAAAUAAUUAUUGUUUGCAAUAAAAAUAUGACGAAAAACAUGUCACAAUUUUACAA